AUGCCUCGUGAAACUAGCAUCGAUACCUCAACCAGCUUCCAAUUAGCCGGUGGGCAAUAUCUUGCUCGGCCGAUCAACUCUGAGAUCAUUACUUUGGACACUGUAUCGGAGAACCCUACUCUGUUGACAUAUUUCCGCCUACGAAAGAACCAGACCAUUAACGCUAGUGUCGUCCAGAUGUGGCGGGCCAAUCAUCUCGAUACGGAUGACGUAUUCGAGCCGGAAUUUCUUCGACAUAUUAUCUUCGGCGGCGUCCGGUCCGAGGAUGUAAACAUUGAAAACGAUACUUAUCAACUAUUCAAUGACUGGCAAACGUCGAAAGUCCAUUUUGAGCCUGACCUGGACAUUAGUAAUGGUCCUUACUAUCUCGAGAAAGGCCUUCUCCACUCCGUUUGGAAGAUUUAUAAAGAUCGCCAACUCGCUUUCGUACAAGCCAUAUGGCCAUCACAAAACGAUCAUGGGGCCUUUGUCCAGAUUAACGCUGCAGGCAACGAUUAUCGUGCUCACGGGAUUGCUGUUCCUGCAAGGUCUUAUUCGCAGAGAAUUCAAUCGUUGUCUGGAAAUUCUGGUAGCUAUUCACCAAGCCCUCUAAAAGGGAUCAGAGUUGUCGUCAAGGACAACUACCAUAUUCGUGGUACCCGAACAUCCCUCGGCAAUCGUGCAUAUCUCGAAACAUAUCCUAUUCAAGAAAACACCGCAGAGGUGGUAUCCCGACUCUUAGAGGCAGGUGUGCAUAUCGUUGGAAAAGCGCAUCUUAGUUCUUUUGCCAUGAUGGAGCACCCUAUGCAAAGCGUCGAUUACCAAGCACCAUUUAAUCCCAGAGGAGACGGUUACCUAAUAACAGGUGGAAGUAGCGGAGGGACCGCUGCUGCGAUUGCGGCCUACGAUUGGCUAGACAUUGCAAUAUGCAGUGAUACUACGGGAAGUGCUCGAAUCCCAGCUCUUCAAACUGGGGUGUUCGGGUUUCGUCCGUCGACCCAGUCCAUUUCUACGGACGGUUUGACUAAGGCAUGGCCUGCUAUGGACACGCCUGGGUGGCUAGGCAGAGACCUGGAGGUAUUUCCGCAUCUUUUGAAAGCUUUGCGCCUAGAUCACCCAAAACCUCAGAACCCAAAGGAGUUGCCAUGCGAGAUCCUCUACCCCGAGGACUUUAUGCCUAAGGACAACCCCAACCAAGUGGAGAUUAUGGAGCACUUCAUUGCCGACAUUUCAAAAGCUAUGGGAUGCACUUAUAGAAAAAUCUCUCUCCAGAAUGAAUGGAAGGAAUCGGCCCAGGUAGAGGAAAAAGACCUACGGCAGUAUCUCUAUAAUACAACUCGUUACGGUUGGUAUUACUCUGCCUACCACUCUUUUGACUAG